AUGACCACCGAGUCCAAGCCAACCCUGGAGCAAUUCGAGGGGGGCAAUGGGAUGGAGGGUAAAGAAAAAACCUUGCAGGAAACUAGCGAUGCCAUUCAGCUAGCCGAGGCGGUUGAAUCGACAAACUACAGUCCAUGGACUCCCAGCAUGUUUCGCCUGUACGGCUGUCUGUUGAUCGCUUAUCUAUGUGGAUGUUUGAAUGGUUACGACGGCUCGCUCAUGGGAUCACUGAAUGCUAUGCCGACUUACCUGAAAUAUUUUCAUAUGAAAACGGCAUCUUCAGGCACCGGUCUGGUCUUUGCCAUCUAUAACAUUGGCUCUAUCCCAGCGGUCCUUCUCUCUGGUCCCAUCAACGAUAUUUUCGGGCGCCGCAAGGGCAUGUUCGUCGGAUCCGCCAUUAUCAUUAUCGGCACUUGCAUCCAGGCACCCGCCACAACCCAUGGAAUGUUCCUCGCUGGUCGAUUCAUCCUCGGGUUUGGAGUCAGUUUCUGCUGUGUUAGCGCUCCCUGCUAUGUUUCAGAAAUGGCCCAUCCGGUCUGGCGUGGAACCUUGACUGGGUUGUAUAACUGCACCUGGUACAUCGGUUCCAUUGUUGCCAGUUGGGUCAGCUAUGGUUGUGAAAGCAUCACCAACUCGUACGGCUUCCGAAUUCCUAUCUGGUGCCAGCUUAUUUCGUCCGUCAUUGUUGCAAUUGGCAUCUGGUUCUUACCUGAAUCCCCUCGGUGGCUCAUGGCGCAAGAUCGUACGGAGGAGGCUAUCCAAGUCCUCGCACGUUAUCACGGAGAAGGCGAUGCCUCGCACCCAAUGGUCACACUUCAGGUCAAGGAGAUGCAGCAUCAGAUUGCCAUCAGCGUUUCGGACUCUAGCAAGAAAUGGUGGGAUUACCGGGAGCUCUUCAAUACUCACUCCGCUCGUCGCCGUUUCAUUUGUGUGGCCGGUAUGGCCUGUUUUGGUCAACUUUCUGGAAACAGUCUUACAAGCUACUAUCUCCCCGAGAUGGCUAAAAAUGCUGGCAUUGAUUCGCCCAAGACUCAAUUGAUGCUCAAUGGCAUCUAUCCCGUUCUCUGUUUGAUUACAUCCGUCUCCGGCGCUGGACUCACAGAUCGUAUCGGCCGCCGACCUCUUAUGAUCUACUCGCUUCUCUUCUGCUCUGUCGCCUUUGCCAUCAUGCUGGGAACGUCCAAGUUGGCGAAUGAUGAUCCUAGCAACUCCAGCGCUGCGAAUACCUCCAUUGCGUUUAUCUACCUCUUUGGUAUCGUCUUCUCCUUUGGCUGGACGCCGCUGCAAAGCAUGUAUAUUGCCGAGACGCUGAGCACCAACACGCGCGCCAAAGGCACUGCGGUGGGCAACUUGUUAUCCAACAUCAGCAGUGCAGUCAUCUCUUACAGCUCGGGGCCCGCCUUUGAGAAGCUGGGCUAUUACUUCUAUGCCGUGUUUAUUGGGUGGGACUUGAUUGAGAUGGUUGUGAUCUACUUCUGGUUCCCGGAGACCAAAGAGCGGACCCUUGAAGAGCUGGAAGAGGUCUUUUCCGCCCCUAACCCGGUGAAGAAGAGUUUGGAGCGGCGUGAUAUUUCCACCGUGCUGAGAACACUGGAGGUCACCGAAGUUGAGACUACGCGUGGGGUCGUUUAA